AUGGCAUCGGAUUUCGGUUUUCACGUAGCUGACUAUGUUGUUUUUGCUGGGAUGAUCACUCUCUCAAUUGGGAUAGGUGUGUAUUCGGCUUGUUCCGGUGGAGGACAGAAGACAACUUUGGAAUAUCUGGUUGGGAAUCGACGACUGAAGAUGUUGCCGGUUGCAAUCUCGUUUGUUGUUUCGUUUGAGUCUUCCAUUCUUGUUCUUGGCUACCCAGCCGAAAUCUAUAUCUACGGCGAUCAACUUCUCUGGACAAGUGUUGCUUUUAUGUUUACGACCCUGACAGCAAUACGAGUGGUUGUGCCCUUAUUUCAUCCGCUCAAACUAACAAGCGUGUUCGAGUAUUUCGAGCUCCGAUACAACAGCAAAGCACCCCGGUCUUUGGCAACAGUAAUAGGAAUCUUUCAUUAUUUAUUUUACAUUGGUAUCGUUCUGUAUGGACCGGCCUUAGUACUAGCAGCAGUGACGGACUUCCCGUUCUGGGCUUCCGUAUUUUCUGUAGCGGGAGCAUCAAUUAUCUACACGUCAAUCGGAGGACUAAAGGCGGUCGUAUGGACAGACGUAUUACAAUGCCUCAUUAUGAUCUUAGGUAUGAUUGCUGUUAUCAUAAAAGGUACCAUGGAUGUUGGAAACGUCGGGAAAGUCUUCCAGAUCAAUUACGAAAAUCUCAGACUCAAUUAUUUCAAGUGA